UGAAAAAGCACCUGUAGCGGAUCUGCUCGCUCAUCACUGUUCUUCCUGUCCACGUCCCAGGAUCACAAGCUCACCCAGCUUUCAUCCUGAAGUCUACCUGUGAUUGCUUUACAAGUUUUUCUUUCUUUCUCCAUCUUUGAAGCGGAGACUCGAGUUUGCGCAAUGGUCCGAGUUGAGCGGCGCACCGCGGCUUUCCUGCACCAGCUUGUCCUGGCGCUGUGCUUGACAUCAGCUGUCAUGGGCACAGAAACAAGCACGUAUUCCAGCAGCACCAUGCCCACAACUCUCUCUACAGAAACAGUCAGCUCAACCAUGACCUCUCAUGGUACAUCUACAGAACUUUCUUCUACCAAAGUGACAGACAACCCAGACAUGGGCACAAGCAGUACUGCAACAACAUCUGUUAAGACAGAAACAGCUUCUUCAACUGCACACCACAGUGAGCUGAAUUCUCCAGAGAGCAGCAUUGCAUCCAUUACAGCAACACUUACAACUCAUGGGCCUAUGUCCAGUGCAACAACAGAUCCCAGAAUGGUAUCUUUCACUUCUACAAGGUCACAGCAAACCGAAAUCCCAGAAACAGAAAAUGAUAUGUCUGACAGAACCACAUCAGAACCUUUAUCUCCUCACAGCCUAACAACAGUCUCAGUCUCCUCUACCUUCAGCGAUGUGGCCUCUGGUACAGCUACAAACAAUGAAUCUACACUUACUUCUACUCACACUGCUGAAUUUACUCCCACCAUUACUGAUUCUUCAGACAGCACGAUGAGCACCAUCAUGCCCAGUCAUUCUACUGUCAUAUCUUCGCCCAGCUAUAGCACCACUCCAAAUACACCAACUCCAUCAACUGAAGCUUUCAUUGGCACAGAAGCAAACUCAAAUUCCAGCACUACCCCUACAGAGACAACAGCCAGCUCAGCCAUGACCACUCAUGGCACAACAGAAUCACAAACAGAACAGUCUUCUACCGUAAAAAUAGACUUCACAGAAACUUCUGUUACGACAGAAACAGCUUCUCCAACUACACACCACACUGAACCGACUUCCCUGACAAGCAGUAUGGCCUCCAUCACAAAAACAGAUAUGUCCGACACCACCACAUCAGAAUCUUUAUCAUCUCCUGAGAGCCGAACAACAGACUCGCCAUCCUCUACCUUCAGAGAUUCCACUACUGCAGUAAAGAGCACGGCUGCUGGUGCAACUACAAACCAUGAAUCCACACUUACUUCUACUCACACUGAAUCUACCCCCACUCAUUCUUCAAAUAGCACAAUGAGUACCAUCAUGUCCAGCACUCAUACUACAGUUCCACCUUUGUCUGACAACAGCACCACCCCCUAUACACCAACUACAUCACAUGAAGUGACCGACAAUUCCAGCAUAACGCCAACUAAUACCCCAGAUCAUUCACCUGUUACAGACUCAACAGUGACGGACAACACAACCACUCCUGCAGCUACAACACAUGUCAAUGCUACAACAUCUCAUUUUGAAACAACUGUAAAUGCCUCAAAAGAAACACCACUAAUCACUGCCACAACACUUGAUUUGAGCACCACUGAAGAUUUUACAUCAAGUAACACUACAUUUACAUCUGUAACAACAGUCAAUACCUCAACAGACACAGUACAUAGUACAGAAAUGCCAAUCACUGCUACAACACAUUAUUUAAGAACAACUGAAAAUUUUACAAUAUCAGAUAAUAUCACUACUACACCUACACACAACAUCAGCACUACACCCAUACCAAGCAUCACUACUACAGCCUCAAAUGUCAGCACUAUGACCUCAAACAUCACCACUACACCCACAAAUGUCACCACUAGACCCUCAGACCUCACCACUACAUCCUCAAACAUCACCACUACACCCACACCAAACAUCACUACUACACUCCCACACAACUUCACCACUCUACCCUUUAAUGUAACUACUACAUUCACAAACAUCAACACUACACCCUCAAAUGUUACCACUAUACCCUCAAACAUCACCACUACACCCACACCGAACAUCACCACUACACCCACACCAAACAUCACCACUACCCACAUGCCAAACAUCACCGCUACACCCACACCAAACAUCACUGCUACACCCACACCAAACAUCACCGCUACACCCACACCAAACAUCACCGCUACACCCACACCAAACAUCACCGCUACACCCACACCAAACAUCACCGCUACACCCACACCAAACAUCACCGCUACACCCACACCAAACAUCACCGCUACACCCACACCAAACAUCACCGCUACACCCACACCAAACAUCACCACUACACCCACACCAAACAUCACCACUAUACCCACACACAACGUUACUGCAACUACACAAACCAACAACAUCACUACACCAAAAAGCAAUGUCACAGCUGAGCCUCCGGUUCCAUCUACUACUAAACCUACUAACACAACCACCAUACCAGUUACCUGUCCAGCCAUACCCUGUCCAACUCUCAGCGUGUGUGUAAACUCCAUCUGUGAGUGUCUGGCUGGAAUGUACAUGUCACAAGGCCAGUGUGUUGAAGCAAAAGUGUUUCCAGGAAUGCUGCAUUUAUUAAAUGAACAAUUUAAACCUGAAAUGAAUGAUCGUAACUCUGAGGCAUUUCGCAACACAGCUAAAAGUAUCACUGAAUCGCUGAAUGACAUUUUCAGUAAAUCAAACGGCUACUUAAAAUCUACAGUACUGAAGCUAACUAAUGGCAGUGUGGUGGCUACUGUGAAUAGUAUAUUUGAUAACAACUCUACUGCUACGGAGCAGACCACAAAGCAGCUUAUAACGGAUGCCAUAAAAAAUGGCAGAAUCCCUAAUGCCAGUUAUACUUCUACGAGUCUUUGUGCUCAGAAUCCAGCUCCAUGUGACACCGGCACCACAGAGUGUAGUGAUAAUACAGAUGGUUCUGCUAGGUGCUCCUGCAUGCCGGGCUACAUAUCAAGUCUAUUUACUCCAAGAAGCUGUACAGCCUGUCCCAGUGGCCAGAGAGCAGAGGGCCAGGAGUGUGUUCCGUGUCCAUUUGGUUAUUCUGGCUUCAACUGUAAUGACUCGGCGUUGUUGGCGCUGGUGGUGGUUGCCGUCGUUUUAGGUGGGAUUCUGCUCAUCCUGGUUUUGGCCCUGCUCAUCUUCUGUGGGCUCUACGGGACAAAGCGUGCCUCCAACCCUGGUAGUCCUUACGCCCCAGAUGAGUUCCAGACUUGGCCCUCCCACACCAUCACUCCCAUCCCUCGUGCAUCUGUCGGCCACAAUGCUAACUCUGAAACUUAUGAUACAGAGAUGCCCAUGCCAGACAGAAUAAAACCCACCAACGGGUUGAAGUUAAGAGGAAAGAUGGGCUCCUAUGACCUCAUGCCAUUAGAUGACAUGAAAACGUUUAAGGGCAAAAACCCCUCUCGCUAUUCUUAUUUGGUUGAGGGCCAUGAAAACCCUUACUUCAGUACAGCAGAUGAACAAACGCCAUCCUGAAUGGAGAGAAGAGGAGAUGAGAGGAGACUGGUUAAUAAGUAGGACACUUGUGAAAUGUAGGAGAUGACGAAGAGGGGUGUAGUUUUUUUUUUUUUUAACAAAUCCAAUUGAGACUUUUUUGGACUCUUUCAUACUCAUUGGUCCAUUUUAUUCUCUGUUCAGGAAAAUUCUGUUCUUUUUUCUUUUUUUUUUUUUUUAAAAUGUAUAUCAGUUCCUCCUUCCAAUCUGUUUUUAUGUAAAACUGUAAAAAAUGUCUUUGUAACAGAUGGCUUUGAGCCCUUUAACAUUUUGCUAGCAUUGACCUUACAGCUGCUUUCCAGAAGUCUUAACCCUCACAUUAUGUUCACUAAUUAGCAAUUAAUAUCUCUUUGACCCAGGUCAUGUCCUUAGAUUCCAGUAUACACUAUACUGUAUGUGGACCCAUCACACCCAUAUGUGCUUGUUGUUGGAGUUAGUCCCCACUUUGCUGUUAUAAUAACCUCCACUCUUCUGGGAAGGCUUUCCACUAGAUUUUGGAGUGUGGCUGUGGGGAUUUUUGCACAUUCUAUGUUCCAGUUCAUCUCAAAGGUGUUCAGUGGGGUUGAGGUCAGGGCUCUGUGCAGGACACUUGAGUUCUUCCAUUCUAACCUUGGCAAACCAUGUCAUGUUGGAACAGGUUUGGGCUCGACCCUUUUGUUCUAGUGAAGGAAAAUCUUAAUGCUAGAGCAAACAAAGACAUCCUAUAAGAUUGUGUGCUUCCAACAUUUUGACAAUAGUUUGGAGAAGGUUCACAUAUGGGUGUGAAGUUCAGGUGUCCACAUACUUUUGGUCAUGUAGUGUAUGACAUCUUGAUUAUAAUAGUUAGCUAUAGAAACAAAAUUGAUGCUGAUAAACAAACAAAAUCUCUUUCCGCAUCUGGGAAUCCUCUUGAUAUGUGUGUGUGUGUGUGUGUGUGUGUGUGUUUGCAGGUGGGGCUAUAAAUCAGAGCAGUGACGGCUACUCAUGAUAUGAGAGGUCUAAAAAAAAAAAAAAAAUCAAUAACUCUGCAUUACUAUUAUGAAACCUCUGAGUCCAAUUCAAGUGGAAUUAAAUUAAUUAGCUCCAGUGAACAUUAAAUCUGUUCAACUAUAGUCUACAGUCUGGGCUAGAAAGAAAUCAGCCCAGCCUCUACUUAUAACCAUUGGUGGUGGUGUUCUUGGUUCCAAAAACAUAUAAAACAAACAAUUUUAAGCAAUUUAUUAACGGAAAAUGAGACAACACUAAAAAUGUAACCUUAUAUUUGUGUAUUUUUUUUCUUGAAAUAGAGGGAUGAUGUUUGUACAGUGCAUUGCAAAAGUAUUCACUCCCCUUGAACAUUUCCACAUUUUGGAAAUGGGAUUUAAAGAUGUGAUUGCAUAAGUAUUCACCCCCGUUCAUGUAAAACCUCUAAAUUCGUUCUGCAAGCAGUUGCCAUCAGAAGUCACAUAAUUAGUUGAGAGUUUUUUAGAGAACAUACCUAAAGAAAACAGUAACAUGACCUUCUGGGAAUCAGGGUUUGGUUAUUAAAAAAAAUCCCACAGAGACACAUUAAAUCCAUUAUUAUUUAUGGAAAGAAUAUGCCAACAUAACUAUGAGGAGACUGUCCACCAAAAGUCAGUGAUUGGGUAAAGACUUAGAUUUUUUGUAGAUUCUCAGCCCUGAAUAUUUGCAAUAUAAACAUUUUGGAAAGAAAAAAAAAAAGAUUUGUAAUGCUCAUUAGAGAAAUUAAGGCAUG